AGCGGUAUCCACCGGGCUUUCUCUCCAGCCAAACAAAACUGUUAUCACCACUCUAGAGAGUGAGGUGGAAUGAGACUAGAAAUCUGAGAGGUUUGAUGGACAUGUAAUCAUUAUGGGAAUCUAUCCACCUUGCUCUCUGAUAGGCUAUGUGGAGUUACUGACUGACACCUAUUCAGUACUCUCGGAUCUCCACAAUAGUGGUGGGGGCUAAGGGUUGUUUCUAGAUUGGUGUACAUUACAUUGACUUAUAUAGAUCAUGGUUAUAUUUGCUGGCUGUGCACUGCCUGCCUGGCUGGAAGAAAAGCCUAUAGGAGAGACUGCCUGCCUGGCUGGAAGAAAAGCCUAUAGGAGAGACUACCUGCCUGGCUGGGAGAAAGCCUAUAGGAGAGACUACCUGCCUGGCUGGAAGAAAAGCCUAUAGGAGAGACUGCCUGCCUGGCUGGGAGAAAAGCCUAUAGGAGAGACUACCUGCCUGGCUGGAAGAAAAGCCUAUAGGAGAGACUACCUGCCUGGCUGGAAGAAAAGCCUAUAGGAGAGACUACCUGCCUGCCUGGCUGGAAGAAAAGCCUAUAGGAGAGACUACCUGCCUGGCUGGAAGAAAAGCCUAUAGGAGAGACUGCCUGCCUGCCUGGCUGGAAGAAAAGCCUAUAGGAGAGACUACCUGCCUGGCUGGAAGAAAAGCCUAUAGGAGAGACUACCUGCCUGCCUGGCUGGAAGAAAAGCCUAUAGGAGAGACUGCCUGCCUGGCUGGGAGAAAAGCCUAUAGGAGAGACUACCUACCUGCCUGGCUGGAAGAAAAGCCUAUAGGGGAGAGUGCCUGCCUGGCUGGGAGAAAAGCCUAUAGGGGAGAGUGCCAGCCUGGCUGGAAGAAAAGCCUAUAGGAGAGACUACCUGCCUGGCUGGAAGAAAAGCCUAUAGGAGAGUCUACCUGCCUGGCUGGAAGAAAAGCCUAUAGGAGAGACUACCUGCCUGGCUGGAAGAAAAGCCUAUAGGAGAGACUGCCUGUGGCUCAACAAUAGGAUUACAGUACCUAGGGCCUUGUGUGGGGGAACAGUGAGAUUUGACUUGAAGGGAUCCUCGUAGACACACUUUUCCAUAGUUGAUGUAGCUACCGGGGGUGUUUUUCUCUCCUCACUGAGUUGAUGGAGAGAGAGAUACAGACCUCUUUCACUUAAUAAAUUCAGUCCUGCUACCCCAGGGAACUAGACACCAGAUGACCUUCCUCUGGCUCUGGAUUUAGACUGGUGUGUGUGUGUGGGCAUGUCAGUUUACACAUGUGUGAGGGAGAAGGUAAAACAGAGGAACCAUUUGCUAAGAUGGUUAGAAAAUCAAUGGUGAGAGUCCCUGGACUAACAGGGACCCUUGCUCCACCUGUACUCUGUCUGUGUGACCAGUCAAUGUUGUCCUUGUAUUUCUCUUUUUGUAUUUGAAAGCUGACUCAUCAGGCCAUAGACAGACAUGCUACCAAUACCUUGAACUGAUGCCGAUGUGUAAUAUUGCUGCUCUGAAAGUUAUUCAACUGCCAUCAAAUCUAGAAGCUUGUCUUGCAAUUGGUUACUUAUCAGUAAAGUUUGUGCAUUUUUAUUAGCUACAGUAUAUCAUUCAAUGUCAUCAUCAAAUUCAUCUAUCAUCAGAAUCAUCUUAAUGUUUUAACCCUUAACCUGCGUUAACCACAAAUCCCAGUAUGCGAAUCCCAAAUCUGUUUUUGCAGCCAUCCAAACCCACCCCCUUUAGCACGCCAGACCCACCCCCUUUAGCACCCCAGACCCACCCCAGACAGGUUUGAAGGGAGAUCUGUCAGAUUGUACUAAACCAGAAGCCAGCAUAUCUUAACGGAAAGGGGCGCCCAUCGAGUUGUAGCGGCUUUUUUUGCAAGACAAUCCAUCUUGGCGUUGAAGUUGAUGCAAGGAAAUUUUUUUACAUAUAAUAAAAUCCGUGUGGAAUACUGAAACCAAAAACCUUUAGGGGGACGCGCGCUUUUUAAGCACGUCAAUGAUCGUGCCUUCCAAAACUUUCCUUUUAACCGCACAAACCUGAAAAAACUCGACACGUUGUAAAAUAAUCACUAGCGUUCAAAAUAUAGGCUGUCCACCGCUGGAAAAUUUAUACGUCUUUUGAAAUUACCGUCGUUCUAUUCUUAACCAGUUUAAUACCAAAUAUAGUCAUUGUGUUAAUAUGAAAUGUCCUUGAACGGUGCUCUGGUUUGGGGUAACGUUGCCAAAGUUUAUAAUUAAAAACGCUGAGAUAAGUAAUUUAAUCACUUGCACGUGACACAUUUUAUGUUUGAUGAUACAACCCACGAGCACUAAUUUAGAGUAUAGGGUCCCAGCUAAUUCUGUUUUCUCAAGUUUGCAAGGCUCGUAUCUCCAGAUUGUAUUACCCCUGCAGAGCACGCCGAUGUAAUGGGCUACAUCUCGACCGUUUUGUUUGAAUGACUGACAACCGAAGCCGUUUUUAAACCUCUGGUUUUUAAAGCAAAUUUGCACAUAACUCGAUCUGUGUUGACCAUAGAUUUCGCCGCUUAUCCUAUAGAAAACGUUUUUAUAUAAUUGUCGAUUAUAUUUAUAACGUGAAGGAGCCAAAAAAAUCGGAUUUUCCAAAAUGAUCAACAGUGCAGAUUCAUCCUCAGUACGGGUUUUAUUAUCCACACUUGUUUUGGUGCUCGGUUUGGCAGCGCGAUGCGUCGGGCAGGCCAUGCCGUCCAAAGAGAGCCCUCAAGCGGCCCCAGCAUCAUUCAGUCUCCGGUCCCUGGUCACGGGGACCUGCGAAGAUGUCCACAGAUACGUGGAAUCCGUGGUCGGAGCCAAUGUGAUCGAGUCGACUGUUGAGUUCUUUGAGAUGUUGAGCCGGUUUCUGGCUGAGGGAGCUGCCAGCGGACUGAAUGUCUUCUCUCUUUACGUCACAGAUAUCCUCAGGGUCACAGGAGUUGAUGUCCACCUGCCGUUCCCUCACUUCACCGCAGAGGGCGUGGCCUCGGCUGGUCAGUGGGCUCUGCUGGCUCUGAUUGGCUACUGGGUGCUGUCCAUCAUCUUGCGCAUGCUGGUGGGUGUGGUGAGGAGGGUGUUCUGGAUGCUGAAGGCGGGCAUCGCGCUGUGGCUCUUUGGCCUGAUCGUCAGUGAUGCCAAGGCUGGUUCAGACACCACAGCCGUCCGGCUAGCAAGCCUGGUGCUGGGGUGUGCCCUGCUGGGGCUGGCCAGCUCAGGAUCAGAAAAGACAGUUCAAGUGGAAGACCGCAUGAGCAUCCUGGAGGGAAGGGUGAAGGCGGUGGAGAGGAGGAAGGGAGAGGAGUGAUGGAAUGAGAGAGGGGGAGGAUAGUUGGAAAGGAUGGUGGUGCUGAAGGGGGUCUGUCAGUUUCUCAAAUGAAAUAAAGCAACCACCACGAUUUCUUUGAUUGAAAGUGGCUUUUCAAUUCUUA